AUGCUAGUUGUGGUGCUACUUCUUUUAAGUUUUCAUAAUUCUGGGAUUAAUUUAAACCUUAGAUGCCUAAGUGUUACUGUCCAUGUGAAUAGUGCAUCAGUUCAUUUGGCUGCUUCUAAUGUUGGUAUCUCAAAGGGGUCUAAUGAUCAUGUUUCGGCCAAUGUGCCUAGUGGGAAUAAAGUGUCAAAAACUAAUUCUUUGUGGAUGCCUAUAUGGAGGUGUAAAUGGAUGAAAGAAGUGUUGAAUGGACAUCAUAUUCGAUGUGUAAAUGCAUUUAGAAUGGACUCCGAUUUGUUUAAGCAAUUAUGUGAAGACUUAUAUUCAAAAUAUGGAUUACAAUCUACUAGGAAUAUGUCAUAUGUGGAGAAAGUUGGUAUAUUUAUAUACACACUUGCUAUGGGUGCUUCAAAUAGAGAUGUUGGUGAACGAUUUCAACGUUCCGGUGAAACAAUAAGUAGAGCAUUUCAUGAGGUUUUGGAAGCAAUUAGUGAUCGGAAUAGCAGAUACAAAGGCCUUGCACGUGAUAUCAUAAAACCAGAUGAUCCUACAUUUCAAUCUAUACCGUCUUACAUUACUAAUGAUGCACGAUACAUGCCAUAUUUCAAGGAUUGUAUUGGAUGUAUUGAUGGUACUCAUAUAGCAGCGUGCAUCCCUGAGGUUGAUCAAUUGCGAUAUAGAGGGAGAAAAGGAAUUCCUACUUUCAAUGUUAUGGCAGCGUGUAACUUUGAUAUGUGUUUCACUUUUAUAUCUGUUGGAUGGGAAGGAUCAGCACAUGAUACACGUGUAUUUCUUCAUGCAAUUAAUACACCAUCAAUGAACUUUCCCAAGCCGCCACAAGGAAGAUAUUAUUUGGUGGAUAAAGGAUAUCCAGAUAAACAAGGAUAUUUGGUACCGUAUCCAAGAAUAAGAUAUCAUCAAUCUCAAUUUGAACAUGAGCCGCCAACAAAUGCUCAAGAAGCAUUCAAUCGUGCACAUUCUUCUCUUCGAAGUUGUAUUGAGAGGUCGUUUGGAGUAUUAAAGAAGAGAUGGAAGAUACUUGCUAAUAUGCCACAAUUUAGUGUGGAGACCCAAAUUGAUGUUAUUAUGGCCACCUUUGCACUCCAUAAUUAUAUUCGGAAGAAUUCACAAGAUGACAUGAUGUUUAAUGUGUUUGAGCAGCAUCCAGAUUACAUACCGCCCGAUGAACUUCAAGAUUCAAGUAGUAAUAUCUCCAUCAACGAAAAUUUAAGCCAGGCCUCUACUGAGAUGAAGGAGAUUCGCAAC